AUGAGAAAACUUUACUCAGAAGAGCUAGAUAUCCCCGGUACGGACCCCAAGCUAUGGCGCCUCAACGUAGAUCAAUUGGGUGGUGAGAAAUGGGAAUACGUAUCUCCAGAGGAAGCAGAGUUGAAGCCGCAAACUCCGUUUGUUCAGUAUUUAUUUCAGCAAACCACAUUUCCUACGCCCUCUCCAGAUAAGACUUCCGAAGAUUCAGACUUUACUGCUUAUGAUGCCGCAUACAAUGGUGCGAAAUUCUUUAGUCUUCUGCAAGAUAAGGAUUCUGGAAUUUUCCCUUGCCAAUAUAAGGGUCCUAUGUUCUUGAUUAUUGGAUAUGUUGCGACCUAUUACUGUGCCAAUUUAGAAGUACCAGAGCCAACAAAGCGUGAAUUGAUUAGAUACAUUGUGAACACAGCUCAUCCUGUGGAUGGCGGCUGGGGAUUGCAUGAGGUUGACAAAUCGACAGCAUUUGGGACUGCUGUGAACUAUGUCGCAUUGAGACUUCUUGGCCUUCCUAAGAAUCAUAUUGUUUGUAAGAGGGCAAGAGAGACUCUACUCAGACUAGGUGGUGCAAUUGGAGUUCCUCAUUGGGGAAAAAUAUGGCUGUCUGUAUUAAAUCUCUAUAAAUGGGAGGGAGUAAAUCCUGCCCCGCCUGAGUUAUGGCUGCUCCCUUAUUCCAUCCCAAUACAUCCCGGCAGGUGGUGGGUUCAUACGCGUGCAAUAUAUGCCCCUGUUGGCUAUCUAUCUUCUGCGAGAUACAGCUGCAGACUGACUCCUUUACUUGAAGAAAUUAGGACUGAAAUCUACUCCAAACCAUUCGAUUCGAUUGAUUUUUCAAAACACAGGAAUACUGUUUGUGGUGUUGACUUAUAUUAUCCUCACACGAAGUUAUUGGAUGUCGCAAACUCGAUGAUGGUAUUUUACGAGAAGUACCUAAAACCUACCUGGUUUCUGGAGUAUAGCAACAAAAAGAUUUAUGAGAUAAUUAAAAAGGAAAUUAAGAACACCGAUUAUUUAUGCAUUGCCCCCGUUAAUAUGGCUUUCUGUGCGAUUGUGACUCUAAUUGAGGAAGGCAGAGACUCUUACGCUUUCAAUCGCUUUCGCGAGCGAUUCGAUGAAGCAUUGUUCUUAGGACCUUUGGGUAUGGUAGUAAUGGGAACUAAUGGAGUGCAAGUAUGGGAUUGUGCGUUCGCCAUUCAAUAUUAUUUCAUGGCAGGACUGGCUGAAAAGCCAGAAUUUCAUGAUAUGAUAGUGCGAUCCUACAGAUUUUUAUGCAGAUCUCAAUUUGAUACAGAAUGUGAACCUGGUAGUUUCAGGGAUAAAAGAGUUGGAGGAUGGCCAUUCUCUACGAAAACUCAGGGAUACACGGUAUCUGAUUGUACCGCUGAAGCCACUAAGGCCAUUAUUAUGGUCAGGAACUCUCCCUAUUUCACUGAUGUUCGCAAUGAAUUUACAGAUGAGAAGUUGUGUAAAGCAAUGGACAUCCUUCUCAGUCUACAGAAUGUGGGAUCUUUUGAAUAUGGCUCAUUUGCCACAUACGAGAAAAUUAAGGCCACCACUCUUCUUGAAAAGUUGAACCCUGCUGAAGUAUUUGGAAAUAUCAUGGUUGAAUAUCCAUAUGUUGAGUGCACCGACUCCUCGGUGUUAGGCUUAACCUACUUCCACAAGUACUACAAUUAUAGGAAAGAAGACAUCGCCCAAGCAAUCGACAUUGCCAUCAAGUACAUAAAAAGCUCUCAGAAGAAAGAUGGCAGCUGGUAUGGAUGCUGGGGUAUAUGCUUUACUUACGCCGGAAUGUUUGCCUUGGAAGCUUUAAGUACAGUUGAUGAAAACUACGAAAAUUCAAAACAUGUCCGUCAAGGCUGUGACUUCCUUGUAUCCAAACAAUUACCUGAUGGUGGGUGGAGUGAGUCAAUGAAAUCCAGUGAACUUCAUACAUACGUGAGUACUGGAAAAUCUCUAGUUGUUCAGACUGCUUGGGCUUUAAUAGGGCUACUGUUAGCAGAGUAUCCGGACAAGGCUGUCAUUGAUCGCGGUAUCGCACUGUUGAAGGAACGACAGUUACCUUCUGGUGAAUGGAAAUUUGAAUCAGUAGAGGGUGUGUUCAACCAUUCAUGUGCAAUUGAAUAUCCAAGCUACAAAUUUUUGUUUCCUAUCAAAGCUCUUGGUCUCUACACUAAGCGCUAUGGUUCAGAAGGCAUCUGA